AUAACUUCUUGUAAAUGACAGAUAUUGUUUAUUGUAUGAUAUGCAGUCAGUAAGUAGGUCGUGUCAGUACAAUUUAGGCACACAAUCUAAUUAAUGCUCGCUGUGUGACUGAAUAGUGGUUUAAAAUGUCGGCUUUAACAACUGUGUUAGGGAUUCUUUCUACAGCUUUUUUAACUUUCUUGUUCAUUAAAUGGGUCUUGCAAACUAAAGGAAAAAGGUAUCCAAGAGGACCAAUGGGGCUUCCGGUUGUUGGACAUUUACCGUUUUUUGGACGUCAUCCGCCAUCAACAUUCAUGAAAUGGUGGAAAUCGUAUGGGAAUGUCUUUUCGAUUAGGUUGGGGAGCUGGAAUACAGUUGUCGUAAAUGGCUACAAAGCGAUCAAGGUCGCGGCCGAACAUCCAAACGACACCUUUAGUGGAAAGCCGAACUUCGUUUCCACGGAGGUUUCAGCCGAACGUAUCCAUGAGGAUGUAUUUGCGUUUGGUAAUUUCUCGCCAGUGUAUCUAAAACAAAGAAAUCUAGCGUCAAAAGCUCUGCGUUUGUUUACGUCUAAAAGAAAAGACGUUAUUGAAGAAUUGGUUACAAACGAAGCUGUCGCAUUUGCGGACUCCCUGAUAAGAAAGUACAGUACAAACCCAGGUUAUAUAGAAAUCGAGGUUCAGACUCUAGUUGUACGGAUAAUUUACCAAUUUCUAUACGGGCGAGGGAAACAGGUUGAUGUUGACAGACACGUUGAAAUAAUCUAUAGAGAGAUCGAAGAAUUUAAUGAAUUUACCGGAAGUGGAAGUGCUAUAGAUGUGUUGCCAUGGCUACGAUAUAUCAUGCCCUGGAAAGUCGACGCGCUUCGGAAAAUUAUUGCCAAAGCAGAUGAUAUUAUGUGGAAACAAGUACAGGAACACUAUGAAUCGUUUUCUGCAGACCACAUUUGUUUAAACAGAAUUUAUUUUGCGAGAGGCUUUAUGAAAAUUACCCAGUAUGAAAUGGGCAUUGGUGCGGACACAACAAGCAUAACAUUGUUAUGGUUGAUACUCUACAUGACCAAAUUCCCACAGAUUCAAGAGCGCGUGUUUGCAGAGAUAAAUACCGUCAUUGGGAAAAGUCGGAAUGUUGAGCUGAAGGACAAGCCUAACCUUUUUGAGACGGCGAGAGAACUAUCAUCUGCAAAUAACCUUGAUACACUUACUAAAUCGUCAGCCUAUAUUAUUAACGUUCCAGUCAGUCACCUUUGGGCAAGAUCAAGAAAAAUACGUGCAAAUGUUUCGCUGGCAUUACAAACCAAAACAGGUACGUUAGUCCCACCUGUGGACACAGCGAGCAAAACAUUGUUAUGGUUGAUACUCUACAUGACAAAAUUCCCGCAGAUUCAAGAGCGCGUGUUUGCAGAGACAAAAACCGUCAUUGGGAAAAGUCGGAAUGUUGAGCUGAAGGACAAGCCUAACCUUGUAUACACGAAUGCUGUUAUUCUUGAAGUUAUGCGAAUUGUAACCCAGGUACCAUUUUCGCUUCCGCAUUUUUCAAUGACAAAUGCAAAAAUAGAGGGACUUGAUGUUGACACAGCCGUUCUUUUCAAUUUGUAUUCGAUACACCACGAGAAAGAGUUCUGGGGAGAUCCGGAAUAUUUCCGUCCGGAACGUUUUAUACUUGGUGACAAUACGUUAGAUUCAGAUAAAUGCAAUCACGUUCUUGCUUUCGGUCUCGGCAGGCGCCGUUGUGUUGGAGAAUUCCUCGCAAAAAUGAAUGUUUUUCUUGCGUUUUCCAUCGUCAUGCAAAGAUGCAAGUUUAUCAAACCACCAGGUGAACGCCUAGGUCUGUCUCCUUUACCACGUCUUGUGUACACGUGCAAAGAAUUUAAGGUGCUUGUACAGGAAAGAAAAUAA